CGUACUCCAAAACUGUUGUCUUUGUCAUUGUGUGUUAAUCUCACUGUAGAAACAAGGAGUACCAUUAAAUGGGAACAGCUUCAAAUCUGCUGCUCAUGUCACAUUCAACGGAGCUGAAAGGAGGAUUGUCUGCCCAGUCUGAGAGACAAACAGAUAUUAGAAGAAAGGAUUAGUAGAAAGAAAAAAGAAAUAGAAAGGACUGGUACUUCCAAAAGGGUAACAGCUGAACAAACAGCAUCUUACCCUUCACACUUCCCCCAAGCUUAACCUCUGCCCCUACACCACAGUGGGAUGGUCUGCUAAAAUAUACAAGGCAAAGCUGGAAACGUUUCAUGUGAAAACCCUAGACUUGUACAGCAAGAGAGUAUUUUGGAAACUAUACAUCGACAUAAAGAGAAUGAAGCUGCUCCCUCCCUAUGUGCUGCUGGCCUUUUCCUUGCUGGGCUCAUAUUGGUGUGCACCCCCCAACCAGGCGAAGCCAAGCAUAGAUGACCUUGAAAGUUAUGAGGAAAUGGACUGGGACAAAUUUGACCUGAACAACUAUGGUGACUACGGAGAUUACGAGGAAAUCAAGAUUGAAAUUUCCACUGUGGCACCACGUAACAAUGUCCAGCAAAAGAAGAAUAAAACUUCAACUCCAGUAGCCAUACCUUCUUCAGUGAAAGAAGAAGUUCCUUCAGUAACGCUAGACUUCAAAGAUCCAGGAUUAUUUGGACCACAGACAUCACUGAACCUGCCAACCUGCCUGCUUUGCGUCUGCAUUGGAAGCUCAGUGUACUGUGAUGACUUAGACCUCGAUAAAGUACCACCCCUGCCCAAGUCCACUGCCUAUUUUUAUGCCCGAUUCAACAAGAUUGAGAAAAUCCAUACUGCGGACUUCCAGAAUCUGAACAGGUUGAAGACAAUUGAUCUGACAGGAAAUCAGAUUUCAGAAAUUGAGGUGGAAGCCUUGCACUCUCUUUCUGAUCUUCAGGAGCUCCGGCUGUCAGAAAACAAACUUUGGGCCCUGCCAGAAAUCCCAGUUAACAUCAGGUACAUUGACGCCCGGCAAAACCAGCUGGUCAGCACUGGUAUACGGCCUGAAGCCUUCAAGGACCUGUCCCAUCUACAGUUUCUGUACCUUUCCAAUAACAAGCUUGACUUUAUUCCCAUUCCUCUUCCAGAAGCUUUGAGAGUUUUGCACUUGCAGCACAACAACAUCCAAACUCUGCAUGUAGACACCUUUUGCAAGCACAGUGACAUGACCUACGUGCGGAGGGCACUGGAGGACAUCAGGCUGGACGGCAAUCCAAUCAACCUUAGCCAUUUUCCGCAUGCUUACUUCUGCCUGCCGCGCCUGCCCACUGGAAACAUGCAGUGAGGAGACCCUUCAACCCCCUGGGCAAGACCAUAUGAAAUCCAGCAACAUAUGAGUGGUAACACAGGGCAUUUCCUCUCUGUCUGACUCCUCAAACAAGGUAAACCCUGGCACUCAUAUGAGCUGAACCAUCAAGCAGAUUUUACCAGUUUGACAAAGCCAGAUGGCAAGUGUUCAUCCUGGCAUACAAUCAUGAAAUCUUGGUACCUGUCUGUUUUUGUUGUAAAUUGCACAGGUGAAUAUUACAAGAGAGUGUUCAGUUCUUGAAAGUAAAGACAGGACCCGUCAGUUUUCCUAAACAUGUAAUAUUAAUUGAACAAACUGUCUCUUUACUCUGUGAUGCUCUAUCAUUCAAAUGACAUGAGUUUAUUAUAAAAUUCUUACUGACUUUAUGAAUAACUGCUAAACCCAACUACGAAUACACUUCUUGUCACAUGCAAUUACCAAAGACAUCUUUUUCACUGAAACUGAUUUUCUAGGGCUCAGCUCCACGUACAGUGUUAAUAGCAUUCAUCUUAUGUAAGUAUGCUUUUGUAUAGGCCAUUGGGAUUUAGCCAAGUCAUCACUGCUGGGGCACCAGAGUGAGAUGCCAGUUAAGCGCAGGGCAGGCAGAUGCCAAUGUAAUUCCAGUGUAGUGGCAGCCAUCAGACUGACCACUUUGGACAUUUCAUUGAGAUUUUUUUUCUUGUGUUUCCAUGUUGUGCUCUACUAUAAUUGAAUUAACUAUUUCAUUGUAUUCUUCUUAGUAUUAAAAGUAAUAAUAAUAAUACCAUAAAGCAAUCCUUUUUUCAUUUAAGCAGCUUUAAAAUAAAGGUUUAUGCUGUUGUU